AUGGUUGGGAGGAACGAUGCUGCAAUUGUUGCUGCGUUGGAGGCUAUGGCUCAGGUUUUGGAACAUCAGCCAAACGUGGGUGAGAAUGAUGCGUCUCGCAAUUUGGCUACCUUCCAAAGAGAAAAUCCACCUGUCUUCAAGGGUACUCAUGAUCCUGAUAGUGCAUUGACAUGGCUAAAUGAGAUUGAGAGAAUCUUCCGUGUGAUGGAUUGUACUCCAGAUCAGAAGGUUGUGUUCUGUAGGGAGUUCUUGAGGAAGUACUUUCCUGAGGAUGUUCAUGGCAAGAAGGAAAUCGAGUUCCUUGUGUUGAGACAAGGGAAUAAGUUAGUUAUUGAGUAUGCUGCUAAGUUUAGAGAGUUGGCUAAGUUCGAUCACCAUUAUGUUGGACCAACGGUUGGCAAGGGUAAUCAGAAAGUUGUUGAGGGCAAGAGAACUAGUGGGGGAGAUGUUCCUGCUGGUAUUGUGUGCUUCAAAUAUGGAAAAGCUGGUCAUAAGAGCAUGGUGUGUACUAUUGAAGCGAAGAGGUGUUUCCGUUGUGGGAAGUUUGGACAUGUGGCGUCUGAGUGCCAGCAUAAAGAGAUGGUGUGUUUGAACUGUUGUGAAGAGGGGCACAUUGGAAGUAAGUGUCAGAAACCCAAGAAGGAACAAGCUCGUGGGAAGGUGUUCGCCCUAUUGGGAACUCAGACCACUAGUAAGGAUGUACUCAUCAGAGGUAUGAACUGGUUAGAGUAUAACCAUGUUCAUAUUAAUUGUUAUGAUAAGUCGGUGAGGGUCUCUACUGCUGAAAGAGAAGAUGUUAAAUUGUUGUCUGCCAGACAGUUGCGCCAGCUGAUGAAAGAAGAUGUUCAAGUAUUCGCGUUGGUGGCAUCAUUGUCUAUUGAGAAUCAAGCUAUAAUAUACGAGUUGCAAGUGGUGCGAGAAUUUCCUGAAGUUUUCCCUGAUGAAAUUUCUAAUGUACCGCCAGAGAGAGAAGUUGAAUUUUCUAUUGAUCUUGUGCAUGGUACUAGACCUGUGUCUAUGGCACCGUAG